GAUUGGAGGAGCUGUGCCUAUUGUCUUCUCAUUCUUUGCGGAGGUCUUGGCACGAGAGAAGCGAGGAGAACAUCUGAGCUGGCUGUGCAUGUUCUGGAUGAUUGGAGGAAUUUAUGCCUCAGCCAUGGCAUGGGCCAUCAUCCCACACUAUGGCUGGAGCUUCAGCAUGGGAUCAGCCUACCAGUUCCACAGCUGGAGAGUGUUUGUGGUGGUGUGUGCACUGCCAUGUGUAUCUGCAGUCGUAGCUCUCACCUUUAUGCCUGAGAGCCCACGCUUCUACCUGCAG